AUGUGUGUUGAGUUGAGUUUGACCACAGGUCACGCUGCGUCACUGCAGAUGUCUCGAGAGGAUUGCGAGACAAAAAGAGAAGUAAAUACUGUGUCGUACCGCGCAGAAGGCAGGCGUCUUUUCGACAUGUGGAUUUUUUUUGUUUUUCUCGCCCACAUCUCCUCAGACUCUGGCACUUACGCCUGCGGAGUGGACAGGUUUCUUAAAGACACUUACAGCUACAUAAUUCUGAGUGUGAUUGAGGUGUCUACAUUAACCCCCGUUAGAACAAGCUCAACCAGACCUCCUCCGAGAAGAACAACUACAGACAAAACCGAUCUUUUGGUUCAUGUUGGUGCUAGUUUUGGUGCUCUGGUGCUGGUUUUCACAGUCAUCCUCUUCAUAUUCAUCAAACUAAAGCAUAAGCAGAAGAAACGCUCCUCCGGUUGGACGCCGUCCACACAUCAACCGGACUUUCCGACGUAUGCCGCACUAAAUAUCACUGCACAAACAGACAGUCUGAACUAUUCCUCUGUGCAAUUUGUCAAAGGACCCGACUGCGGUGUGAAGAUCGGUGAGUUGUUUGAAAUGAUCCCAGUGGAAACACUUUAUUCGCACGUUCAAACUCGACACCGAUCAGAUACCACUGAUCCAAAUCCAGUAAUCUAUUCCAAUUUUAAUAAAGGACAGUAGAUGAGGUUUCGAAUGCUUCUCAUCUCUGGUCCUCAAGGUCCAUGUUCCUGCAGAGUUUAGCUUUUAAUCAAAGUCACACGCCUGUAACUUUUAGACGCCUUUUAAUCAGCUUGUUCAGAUGUGUUUGAUUAGACGGCAUUUGACAGCAUUGCUAACGUGAAAGCACAGUUGGUACUUUAAUCGAAAUAAAAUACAGUGAAGCAAA